ACUGUAGGUACCUACGUAGAUUUUGCUUUGUGUUUAUUAAAUGUGUUUAUAGCUUCUUAAUCAAAUAUAGUAAUCGGCACUAGAGGAUAGAUUGAUUUGAGCCUUUUGUCGUCAGACUCUAAUUGUGUUUCAAGUUGACGACACCAGCGUAAUAUUGUUGAAAAAUGAUGACGAGAGCGUGUGUUCUCGUGGCUGCGAUUCUCGGUGUGGCAGUGCAGAUUGUAUUUGUCAAGGUAUCGCUCAAUGAAUUCUACGGUGAUGCGGAUCAACUACCGAACUAUAAAUAUUUUUUGAUUAUUCAAAUCGUUUCCGCAGUCUUUGCGAUCUAUGGAAUUUUAAGAAAGGAACGGCUUUUCAUUGCAAGUCAUUUGAUUUUACAAGGCGCUCUUUUUGCAACAUGCAUGAUCUUCUUAGUAAUAUUAGAAAUUAAUGGUCCACCUGAUUGUUCAAUAGCGCAUCCUUAUGAAGAAUACAUAAUAACUGAUAAGCAAGAAAUCCGUUACCUAUUGGAAACACAAUUCGCAGUAACCGCUGGGUUCACAUUAUUGGUUCUCGCCAUUGUGCUGCUGUAUUGCGGAGAAAUUAGAAGAGAAAAGAAAAAAAUUAUAGAAGAAUGCAACGUUCAUAAAAAUAGGACACCAAAGUUCCAGAACUCCGCGUAAAUAAAUAGUUCACGAAAAUUGUAAUGAUUUUCAGUAUUUUCAUCCGCAGCAAAAUUUCUUAUUUCGAACUGUGCAUUAGGCCUACCUAGAUUAGAAAUAUAAAUGUAUUAAUCAUCAAAUGAAUAGAAGUCUGUUUUACGAAUA